AUGAAUUCAUUUUUAUCCACAAAAAUUAAUGUUGAUUUAAAUAAUCAAUCGAAACCGUUUGCAGAUAUUCGACGUUUAAGUGCCUUUCCCGAUGAAGAAGAAAUUCUUUUCAUGUUUGGUUCAAUAUUUCGUCUUGAUGAAAUCUUUUUUGAUAAAGAACUUCAACUUUGGAUUGUUUGUUUAACAUUAUGUUCGAAAAAUGAUGAUGAUUUGAAAGAUUUCAUAUUGAAUAUUGAACAUGAAUUAGAAGGACAAAAUCAAUUAAUCGCAUUUGGAAAUUAUUUUAUUCAAAUGAUGAAAUAUGAACAAGCAGAAAAACAUUAUCAACGAUUAAUUCGAUCGAAUCUUAUCGAUAAUCCAAUAGAUUUAGCAUUUUGUUAUCAUGGUCUUUCUCAAAUUAAUCAAAUCAAAGGAGAUUUUCAUAGUUCAAUUGAAAAUUUAAAUCAAUCAUUAAAUUAUCUAUUAAAUAUUGCAAAAGAAGAUGAACAUUCAUUGAUUUCAACAUGUUAUAAUGAUUUAGCAUUGAUUUAUUUUCAACAAGAUCAAAUUCUUCUUGCAUUUCAAUAUUAUGAAAAAGCUUUAGAAAGCAAAAAGAAUAAUUCAUCAAUCACAUAUUCUGGUUUAGCAAAACUUCAUUUUCAUUUAGAAAAUUAUCAUCUUUCUCUUUUAUAUUAUGACAAAACACUUCAAUCAUAUUCAUCUUCAUCACACGCAUUGAUUGCAAAUACUUUUCUUCAAAUUGGACAAGUUUAUACAAAGAUUAAUGAAAUUGACAAAGCAUCAGAAAUGUUUGAAAAAGCAAUUGAAAUUCAAAAGAAAAACCUCGGAAAAGAUCAUCCUGAUUUAGGAUAUACGUACAAUGCACUUGCUCUUAUGUAUUUACAAAUGAAUGAAGAAAACAAAACAAAAGAAUUUCUUGAUAAAGCUUUUCAAUUACAAAUCGAAUCUCUUCCAAAUAAUCAUUCAGAUUUUACAGAAACAUUUCGAAAUUAUGCUCAUUUCUAUUUAAAACAAGGUCAAUUUGAUGAAGCUUUAUCGUUUUAUAAACAAUCACUUGAAAAUCAAUUGAAAACACUUUCAUGGAAUCAUCCGUCUGUUCUUUUACAAUAUCUCAAUUUGGCGAAUUUAUAUCGACAAACUCAAAAUUAUGAUGAAGCUUUAAUUUAUUUUCAUCGAGCACAUCAAAGUGAAUUAAGUCGAAAAGAAUUCGGUGAUCCAUCAUUAAGUUAUUCAUAUAAAUCUCUUGGUGAUGUUUAUUUCGACAAAGGUGAUUUUGAUCAAUGUUUGAAGUUUUUUUUUGAAUUUCUUCAAAAUGAACUUCAAACAAAAUUUCAUGAAGAUUUUUCAUUUGUUUCAACAUAUAAAAUCCUUGCAGAAAUUUAUUUUGAAAAAAAUCUCUUCGAAGAAUCAUUAAAUUAUUAUAAUCGUUUACUUGAUUGUUAUUUGAAAAAGAAACCAACGGAUAAAUCAAAAAUUCAACAAAUUUAUCGUUCAAUUGGAAAAAUUUAUUUGAAAAAAUCAUCUUUCAAACAAAACUUGGAAUUUGAUGAAGAUUUCUCCACAUCGGAGAAUCGAUCCGAAUUGAUUGAAAAGAAACAUUUUCAACAACGACAUUUAGAUCAAGUUUAUAAUUAUUUUCAAGACAAAUCUUCGUCAAAGAAGAAAAUUUUACAAAUUUUAGCAAAGAUUUGUUUAGAAAAAGAAAAUCUUCAUCAAGCAUUGUUUUAUCUUCAGAAAUUAUUAAAUGAAAAAUUACGAAAUCGAUUACCCAAUGAUUUAUCACUCGCAAAUCUUUAUUAUCUUAUUGGAAAAAUUUAUUUCAAAGAAGCUUCUUAUAACAAAUCAUUAAUCUAUUUCAAUCUUUCUCUCGAUUGUCUUUUCAUUCAUAAAUCUUUCAAAAAUUCAUCGAUUCAAAAGAUUUUUCAAUUCAUCGGACAAAUUUUUCUCAAAAAAGAUUUCUUUUAUCAGUUCUUAAUCAAUCCAAAACAAACAAAUUCAUUCGAUUUUCAUCGAACAAUUUCGUAUUUUUCCAAAUUAUUAAAUAAACAAAUCCAACAAAAAUUUUCCAAAGAAUUUUCUUAUGAAGAAAUUUAUCAAAUUCUCGCAAAUGUUUAUUUACAAGAACAACAGUUCAAUAAAGCUUUAUUUUAUUAUCAUCAAUUAAUUAAUUAUAAAUAUCGAAAGAAUUCGAAUGAUUAUUUUCAAUUAGGUCAAAUAAAUGAAAUUAUGGCAGAAAUUUAUUUCAAACAAAAGAAUCUCAACCGAGCACAACAAUUUUAUCUCAAUGCUUUGAAUUUCUACCGAAGAACUUAUCCAGAAAAUCUUCAUUUAACAAAAUCUCUUCAAGAUCAAAUUCGUCGAUUGAUCAUUCCUUCGAUUUAUUAG